AUGACGACGGCAGAGGGCCUCGCUGUUUUUGAUGUGGCUAUGUUCGCUUUGAAGCAAGUCGAUUUUUCCUAUCGGCCAUUGGCCAUGGACUCUAACAAUCAUAACUCCCAUAUUGAUACUCUUAUUCAACAACUUGAUCAAUCCAUGAACUUUAUUGCUAGUACAACUCAUACCGCUGCUACAACAACAACUAGUAACAACACUACCACCAGUGCUGGUAGUAAUACAUCUUCAAACAAAAAACUCGCUUUCAAGCAGAGUGUUAUGUUUGUUUAUAACGCUGAAUCAUUGGAUGAUGAUUCUGAUGAUGAUGAAUACGAAGAUGAUGUAUUAUCAACUUCUUCAUCCGAUGAUGAUUCUGCAAUGUCUUUAGAAUUAUCACGGGCAAUUAGAACAGGCUUCACUGGUAUUAUUGAUUUUGAGAAGAACGAAAUGAUGAUCUAUCCACCUUCUCAUUCUGCAUACUUACACAAGGAUAGCAUUAUCAAUUUAAUGGAUAUUGCUGAAAGCAUUUGUUGUUCAACCAUCUAUAUUUGUAUGGAGAAGAAUCAUCCUGAAGUCAAGGAGUUUGCUCGCGGAUUCAUUUAUGCUGGAUUUCAACUUGUUCAACCAAGCAUCAAAAAGUUGAAUCCUACCGAAUGGGUUUUGUUUGGAGCUGAGUUGUAA